AUCCAAGGGAGAAGCAAAGGGGUAUUGUAGGCUCCCAAAAUUAACUCUUCAGGCUUUGCUGCUAACACUCCCUUGCUUCAUUCCCCUCAAAUGCUCAGCAUCCCACAACCCCACCAUUCCCAGAAACCAUCCCUUAGGAUCCCAGCUCCCAUCAUCCAACUGACAAGCACCCUAUCCAGACAAGCAUUUAACAAAGGCAUACAGAGAAAUAACGCUCCUAUCUAACCAAGCAGUGUGUGUGUGUGUUACUGGGAGAAAACAGCACUGGGGUGAAGGUUAGGUGGGGACUGCAGGAGGGAGAGAGUUAUAAAGCAAGUGUGCUGGGAGUGCAACUUGGGAACAAACUAAUGCAGUUCUGCUAUGCAUCCCAGCUCCAGCACAGGGUGAAGUCCUGCAUGCAGGGAGCAGGCAGCACAGAUCUCUGCUUGCUCUGCAGAGCAGGUCAUGUGUGGAUGGGCAGGUCACCAUGCAGUGCUGCAUCCACGAGGCAAGCAGCCAGAGGCUGCAGGAUGGCACAGCUGACCUUAAGAGGUUUGCCAGUGACCUGUAACUACCAGGAUGAUUUCCCAUGCAAACUGGCCAACAGAGUCCAUCAGUACACAUAGCAUCAGCUGCCCCUCCAGCACAGUACAGGAGUGUCAUCCUGGUUGGAGGCUGCUUUGGAGGAGUGCGGGAGGAGCCAUUGCAUUGGAGCCCUGUUGCAGCUUGCCUCACCGGCUUCCUGUGAGCCAGGACAAGCAGGCCCACUACCUCUAUCAGCAGAUGCAGGCCAGGAAAGUGCUGUCACUGCCCCAGCUGCAUCAGCAGAGCCACAGUCACCCCACAAGUGAAAGAGCCUGGAGAUAAGCAACAGGGACCUGGGAACACUGUGUACUCAGCUGUUCCCCAGGGGAAUGUUCUUGCCAUGCUGCAGGCAGGCAGCCCUGCACAGAGGGCACUGCAUCUCUGGGUAUGAGGAGCUCCAUCACAGCCCUGUCCCAGCACUGUCACAGUACAGCCUUCCUCCUGAGAUCAGCAGAUGGGAGCAGCGUGCAGCCAGAUGGGCCCAUACGCAAAGGAAUCUGCUGCCUGCAGGACAGGCACAUCACGUGGAGAACGGAAAGCAGAGGGGUAUUCUGAGGAGAGGGAGCCGUGGGCAGGCUGGGACGUGAGGGCAGUGCUGGGCCUCGAAGACAGUCCUCACGGAGUCCACGCGUGGCAGGAGCAAAGGAAACCUCUCAGAAGAGAUCCCUGGCUCCUGCCACGCGGGCUACAUGGAUGCCGUAGCUACUGGAGCCGGCAACAACUCACUGCCCUGUCCGGGCCAGGCACAAAGAGAUGGGCUCUGCCUGCACAGCACGGCCCAGAAGCAGCAACACCAACCCACACCGCCCUUAGGCCGCACCUCCACAGCGACGCCGGAAGCGGGCGCCAUUGGGCGGCAGGACCGGAAGCGGAAGUGGGUGGGCGGGGCGGGCGGCCAUGCUGGCGGUGGGGCUGGUGCUGCUGCUGGCAGCGGGGCUGGGGCAGGGGACGACGCGGGGCGUGCUGCGGGAGGAGCUGCUGCUGCGGCCUCUGCCCGUGGGGGACGUGGCCGCCGUCUUCCAGUUCCGCACGCGGUGGGACGCCGACCUGCAGCAGGGGGCAGUGUUGACAAAGCCUGGAAAGAACUGAGUAACAUCCUCUCAGGAAUAUUCUGUGCUUCUCUGAACUUCAUUGACUCCACCAACACAGUCACUCCAACAGCGUCCUUCAAACCCCUGGGUGUAGCCAACGGGACAGAUCACCGUCUCCUGCGAUAUGCUGUCCUGCCCCGGGAGGUGGUCUGCACAGAGAACCUCACACCUUGGAAGAAGCUGUUGCCAUGUGGCUCAAAGGCUGGUCUGGCUGUGCUGCUCAAGGCUGAGCGGUUGUUCCACAGCAGCUACCACUCACAGGCAGUGCACAUCCGCCCCAUCUGCAGGGAUGCUUCCUGCCUGGCUGUUUCCUGGGAGCUCAGGCAGACACUCACUGUGGUCUUCGACAGCUUUACCAGUGGCCAAGGAAAGAAAGAUUGGUCCCUGUUUAAGAUGUUCUCUCGCACCCUUACCGACGCAUGUCCUCUGGCAUCAGAGAGCAAGGUCUACGUUGACAUCUCUCCUAAGAACAAGGAAAAACAGUUACUGGAAGUGACCCCCACACCAACGUCUGUACACGAAGCAAUUGUCCAAGGAGACAAGACAACCUAUGCAGUCUAUGACCUGCUCAGCCCUGUGCUCUUCAAUACAUCUCGUAGCCUCAACGUGCAGCUGAAGUGGAAGCGGCCUGAAGACAGCUCGGAACUGUCAACACCCAUAAUGCAUGCCCAGCGCUAUGUAAGUGGGUAUGGGCUGCAGACUGGAGAAAUCAGCACCCUCAUCUACAACACUCACCCAUACCGUGCUUUCCCUGUGAUCCUGCUGGAGACUGUGCCAUGGUAUCUGCGACUCUAUGUGCACACUCUGACUAUCAUAACUAAGGGAAAAGAAAACAAGCCAAGUUAUAUGCACUACCAGCCAGCCCAGGACCGAAAACGACCUCACCUUCUGGAAAUGCUGAUCCAGCUUCCAGCCAAUUCUGCCACCAAGAUCACAAUCCAGUUUGAGAGGGCCUUACUGAAGUGGACAGAGUACCCUCCUGACCCUAAUCAUGGCUUCUACGUCAGCUCAUCUGUACUUAGUGCCCUGGUGCCCAGUGUCAUCGCAAUGAAGGAUGUGAAUGUGGAGGAGAGCCCACUCUUCACCUCACUGUUUCCCUCCUCCGAUGGCUCCAGCUAUUUCUUGCGCCUGUACACGGAGCCCCUGCUGGUGAACUUGCCGACACCAGACUUCAGCAUGCCCUACAAUGUCAUUUGCCUGACGUGCACGGUGGUGGCGGUGUGCUACGGCUCCUUCUACAACCUGCUAACGAGGACGUUCCACGUGGAGGAGCCGAGCCGCGGAGGGCUGGCCAAACGGCUGGCCAACGUCAUCCGCAGGCUCAGGGGUGUGCCGCCCAUCUGAGAGCCCUGGGCAGGGCAUUGUGAGGAGCAGAGUCCUGCUGCCUCCUGCCUUUGCUGCCCGCAUCCCUCUCCUGGGUCCUACGAGCUGAGGGAUCACUUCUGUAAUUAAGGUGGGAAGCAGCUCUAAGCUGGUUAACUACUGAACUGCACUUGUACAGGGUUAGGAAACGUGCUAAGUAUUCUGUUUGGGAGAAGGGGUAAUUUAUGUGCUGGGAAUUAUGCUGACAGUAAACCUGAGCUGUUUUGUA